CAUAUUCAUACUCGAUGCGGUCCUCUUGCUGGUUACGAUGAAUCCGCCCUUUCGAACCUUACUCUCUUUAUCACUUCCUGACCACGAAAGAGCUUCUCGAAGUGGGAAUAUUCGAAGCCCCCUGGGAACCCUGGAAGACGUUGAAACACCGUCGCAGGGCGAAACGCUGUUGCCGAGGGCCAUCGUGCUGCUGUAUUCGCACGUCACGUGCCCAGCGUCCGUGCGUUCGCGUCCAAAUUCGGCCAGCUCGACCAUGUCAAACUUCAGCAUGAAGCCCUUCAAUGACCAGCACCCCGCUUGAUGCGCCGUCCGCCUGUUGCCUGCCGCCGAGCAGUGCAAGCACUUCAAUCUCCUGCUCCGCAGCACAUCUGGAUCUCCGACGACCUCCUGUCCCUCGCCCUCGCUCGACUUUUCCCCACUACAUGUCCACAUCAAAAGCGCCAUGGCAGCCACGUCCCGGGGCCAUUGGAGGCCAGGAGGAGGGCAGCGAAGCGUCGCAUGACCGUCUCGGCCAACUUCCAUCCUCAAGACAGCUUCCCCCCACCUUUUAGCCUGGGUGCGCUGUUCGGCUUUCGCAAAGACUCCCAGCCGCAGUGGAGAUAUGAACCGCCGUCGCUACCACAGCAAGGGGAGCCAUUGGACCUGGUAUCCAAUCUUGCACGUUCGCCAUUCCCGUUCGAUCCAAUCCCUCUCGUCGAGCCUACCGCGCCUACCAGUAGCCCUCUCCCGCAACGAGUCUCGCAUACUCCAACGGCUCUGAAGAAACCAGGUAGAGCAAUUGAUUCGAAAUCUACCGCUCCCGCGCAGACCAUGGGUGUCUGUUUCGAGAACUUCAAAUCGAGCAUCGUACACGCAGGUGACCUAUCAGAGCCCGGCAAGAGUCAGCUUAUAGCCAACGCCUUUCGAUCCUGUUGUCCGAACCACUCGGAGGCGUGGGUCUACAAUGUCAUGGCUUUCAAGCAUUUGACUGAACUCAAUUGGGACCUUACCCUACUCAUCGGGAAAUCAGCCUCCUUGGCAGUGCCGCCCACAUACACUACGGAGAGCUUGGAAAUUCUGAGAUGCGUAGAAAAGCUGUCGACACGCUUCCCGGAUCGCCUACAUGACUUGCACCGCCUGAAUGUGAAGCUAGCAGAAGCAGCCGUUCAUGCAGACAUCUCAGUGAGCACCACACAGGAUGAUGAGCUCCUCCUUUUGGUUCGGCAGCUAUGGCGAUCUACUUGUUCACCAAGAGUGCCUAACAAGCACGCGGCCCAGGACCUUUUACGCGAAGUCGCUAGGAAGAUUCAGCAUCAGCCUACAGCCAAAACACUACAACGUAUUCUCGCCGACAUGAAAGAGGGAGUCAGGACUUUGAAUACGCGUGUUUCGUUAAGCCAGGAUCGUGACUUGGCUGCAGAACAAAUCCUGCUCUGCAUACCACGGCAACUCCUAAUCGACUUUAUUCCAGGGAUGACCUCAGACUUGGUCACGGCAAUCGAGAGAAAGUCUCGACUUUCCAAGAGCGCGUACAAGAAUCGUCUCAGCACCUGGCUGAACCUUCUCUACCGCCUUGAAUCUAGUUUUGCUCUCAAUCGACCAAGCGCAUCUCUAGUGGACACUGCCAUUACCACAAUUGCAAAGCACGUCUUUGCUGAUCGUUCGUCUGCCGAGAUGCGACCGGAAACCCUGCUUGACGCGUUGGUCUCCAUUUUAUCCCAGCAAGAUGCGUUCUACGCCGCUUUGAAUGAGAAGCUGUUGCAGCUCAUUGACUCUUUUGCCGCCUCCACGCUGAGACCUGUUCCAUGCGAGGAUUGGAUUGGAGGUCUGUUCUCACGAAUGCGAAGCGAGUUACUGCCAUAUGACAACCUAAUGAAAAUGACUGUGACACUCCUCGUCCGGCACAACGAUCUAGGCUUCGUGCUACGUUUCUUGAUUGCCAUGGACAAAGAGAAGCUGAACAUAUGCGAUACCUCUGCCCUCAACAGGCUCGUUGCGGACAAGGUAGCCCUCUGCCAGCAGUCAAGCCCUCCAACAGAAAAAGAACGUCAGCACAACGCCUUGAUCCUGACCACUUGUCAACGGAUACUCAAAGUCCUCAGCAAGUUUACAUCAUCCGUCGUCGUGAGCGCACUUGGCACGAAGAAAGAGCUAGACACACUCCAAAGCAAGCGCCAAUUCCAGCACAUCCUCGACCGCGCACAAGCCGCCCACGUUCUGCCGCUUGCGUACCGCAGCCUCCCCGUCGAUAUACCGCUCGAGAACCGCAUCGUACUCAUACACCAACUUGCCCAGCAAUACUCUCUCGACAACACACGCUCCCAGCGUGAAGCAUGGCGCUCAAUAUACUACCUGUACCGCCAUAUGCAGCAGCACUCUUUCCCCAUUAGCCCGAUGUUCACCAAAGCCACUGUCCGCGUUGCCAUCAUUCGACCACUAUCCGAAGCCCGCUUCGUCAGCGCCCGCCGCUUGAUCUGGGUAUGUCGGCUUGUUGCGAGCGUCGAGGGCGAAGAGGUAGCCAAGAAGAUUGAGAGUAAUUUCUGGCAUUGGAGGGGAGGUUUGAUACGGCAUGCGAAGAAGGUGUUUGUGAGUGUGGGCGGGGAUAAGAGGGAGAAGGCGCAUGUCGGGUCUAUGAGGAAGCUGGGCUUGAUAUGAUAGGUUGAGGGGGAAUGAAGUAACAGGUUGUCGACUGUCGACCUUGUUGGUAUGUAAAUAGACAUGGUGAUACCCUUGGAUUUGUGUCGAGAAUAAUAAAGAGAUGUAAGAUUCUAGCCAGCAUACAGAAGAAAGUCCAUGAGCAAGGUACUAAAGAAAAAGGCCUCCUCGCCAACCCUACCAAAACUAGUCCUCGAUUGUGCUGUAUCUCAUAG